AUGAGGAAAGAGUAUCCAGGACCUGAGGAUGAGGAAGGUAUCGGACCUGGAAGGUAUCAGAGACCUGGGGAUGAGGAAGGUAUCCAGGACACAAGGGAUGAGGAAGGACUCCUCCAGUACCUCACCCGCCACCUCAGGACUCCUCCAGUACCUCACCGCCACCUCAGGACUCAGUACCUCACCCGCCACCUCAGGACUCCUCAGUACCUCACCCGCCACCUCAGGACUCCUCCAGUACCUCACCUGCCACCUCAGGACUCCUCCAGUACCUCUGCCACCUCAGGACUCCUCCAGUACCUCACCCCGCCACCUCCAGGACUCCUCCAGUACCUCACCCGCCACCUCAGGACUCCUCCAGUACCUCACCCCGCCACCUCAGGACUCCAGUCCUCACCCGCCACCUCCAGGACUCCUCCAGUACCUCACCCGCCACCUCAGGACUCCUCAGUACCUCACCCGCCACCUAGGACUCCUCCAGUACCUCACCUGCCACCUCAGGACUCCUCCAGUACCUCACCGCCACCUCAGGACUCCUCCAGUACCUCACCUCUCCCCCAUCCUCUCAGACCCAAACCCCAGGACACUUCCAUUAUCAUGUAG